GACAAAGAUUAGAUUUUCUAGUUUUUCUAUAUGAUAAUGCGUGACAUGGGCGUGAAGUAAUCGUCUAUACAUAUACAUGCAUGUAUGAGUAUACACUUAGCGACGAAAUAUCAAACACCACGUCGUAUCUUUCUGUGCAAUGUCUACCUGCAGACUUUAAUAGUUAUUGAUAUUUAUUUCAAACGAUUCCCUUCAUACGAACGACAUCGUUGUCAACUGUGACAUAAAAUCAUUAAAAGAGUUAUACAUUAUUGUGAUUAGAAUUUAUUAGAAUUAUCUAAAAUGAGUACGAAACAUUUGAGCACAGGAUCAAUUUGUCCAGCCCUUGUUCCUGGAAAAAUUCGUUUAUACAGCAUGCGUUUUUGUCCAUAUGCCCAAAGAGUACAACUCGUUUUAGAUGCCAAAAAAAUUCCAUACGACAUUGUUUAUGUUAAUUUGACCCAGAAACCGGAAUGGCUAUUAGAGAAGAAUCCUUCUGGAAAAGUUCCUUGUAUAGAAUUGAACAGUGGUGAAGUGUUGUAUGAAAGUCUUAUAAUAACUGAAUACUUGGAUGAAGCUUAUCCACAGAAUAAAUUGUAUCCACUUAAUCCUUUAUCAAAGGCUAAAGAUAAAUUGUUGAUUGAAAGAUUCAACACUGUUAUUACCAAUAUGUACAAGUUAUAUACUGGAACAACGAUAGACUAUAAUAUAUUCUACGAAGCACUUGCUAGUCUUGAAUUUUUUGACAGAGAAUUAGUUAAAAGAAAAACACCAUUCUUUGGUGGUUCUUCACCUGGAAUGUUGGAUCUGAUGAUCUGGCCAUGGUGUGAAAGAGCUGAUAUUAUUAGGAUCUUACGUGGAGAUGAAUAUACAAUUUCUCGAGAUCGUUUUCUAAGACUGUUCGAAUGGAGGAGUGCUAUGAAGGAAGAUUCUGCAGUUAAAGGAAGUUACUUGGAUGCUGAAAUACAUGCUAAAUAUAUGCGUAGUCGACUUGCUGGAAUGGCUCAAUAUGAUUUGAUUUAAUUUCUUUACAAACAAAUUCACUAUGCUAAUGGCCUCGAAUAUUGAACUCAUCAAUUUCCAUGAU